ACACACACACACACACACGCGGCCUGGCACAAAAGACCCAAGUGCACAUGGAAGGAGAGUCAGACAGGGUGUGGCCAGGCACUCAGGGCCAGGGCAGCUGGGUGAACUUAGGCAUGCCAGGAGAGAAAGCCUCUUGAUUCUUGAUUUAUUCUCUUCUUCCCUGCAAAAUGGGUGGGGUGGGCACCACGGUCUUGGGGCACUAGUAGCACCCCAGGAACUUCCCAACCAGAAAGUUGCUCAGGACCCUCUAGGCACAGCUAUAAAAAGGGAAAAGGUGCACUCACGGGCUCAGAGUAAACUCCUCCAGGCCAGAAAGGGAGGCGGAGGCCAGGCGCGGGGGAGGAGCCGACUGCUAUAAAGGCACUGAUCCGCUGGCGGCCCCACUCCAGUCCGAACACAUGUGCCCGCCUCGCCCGGCAGCCACCACCGCGGGGCGCAGCGGAGACCCCUGGCCCGGCGGCCUGUGGGGACCUAAAGAGGCGGCAUGAGCAGCGCACCGUGGAGCUGACGCCGCGCCCCCUGCCCGGCCCAUGUCCUUCGCCAUGCUGCGUUCAGCGCCACCGCCGGGCCGCUACCUGUACCCUGAGGUGAGCCCGCUGUCCGAGGAUGAGGACCGCGGAAGCGAGAGCUCGGGCUCCGACGAAAAACCCUGUCGUGUUCAUGCUGCGCGCUGCGGCCUCCAGGGCGCCCGGCGGCGGGCAGGAGGACGGAGGGCCGCGGGUAGUGGGCCAGGACCCGGGGGGCGGCCAGGCCGCGAGCCCCGGCAGCGGCACACAGCGAAUGCGCGCGAGCGGGACCGCACCAACAGCGUGAACACGGCCUUCACUGCGCUGCGCACACUCAUCCCGACCGAGCCAGCAGAUCGCAAGCUCUCCAAGAUUGAGACGCUGCGCCUGGCCUCCAGCUACAUUUCUCACCUGGGCAACGUGCUACUGGUGGGUGAAGCCUGCGGUGACGGGCAGCCCUGCCACUCGGGACCCGCUUUCUUCCACAGCGGUCGUGCGGGCAGCCCACUACCACCGCCACCGCCGCCGCCCCCACUACCACUGGCCAGAGACGGCGGCGAGAACACCCAGCCCAAACAGAUCUGCACCUUCUGCCUCAGCAACCAGAGAAAGUUGACAGCACGCGCAAGCUCCUGGGGCCUGAACAUCUGGGAAAUUUAAUUUUACAGUUUCGGCUGUGCUGCAGUAUACCGCCCUCCCCAAAAUCACUGUGGGGGUGGCAGGAGCCCGGGAUGGGGGUGCCCUAGCACAGACAGUGCCAACAGGAAGCCAGGAAGUUUCGGGCAGUGCUGGGUGACACUAAGUCUCCACCCAGACCCUGACACACCCCCAUCCCCUCUGCAGAGCAAAGACCGUGACAGAAAGACGGCGAUUCGAAGUUAGAAGGAGGAGGGUCCACAGCAGCCAAGAGGUGAUGCCACUAGUGAAGGUGGAAGCCACUGAAGAGUCAUGGAGAGCCCCACCUUGGACCUGAUCUGAGCACAGGUCCCCAAGAGCGCGCUCACCAGGCCAGACCUGCCCCAGCUCUGAGCAGGGCCUGUGAACAGAGAGAUGGACAGGCGGGCUAUGGCUUGACUCUAAGUAGCUGAACACUUGUACCCAGGCCCACUGGAACUUUCCAUGCUGGCUCUCUACCUGGGCCAAGUGUUGGCAUCUUGUGUCUUUAAUAUGAUAAUAUAAAGUCUGGAAAUUUUGUAUAAUUAAAGUGAAACAGUAUCUUCCAAA